CCCCUGACUUGGGUUAAUUUGAAUACGAAUGUCAUAACCACACGUACUAAAUCAUAGCCACACCACAACCACGGUAAGCCCACAAACCAGGGGAAAGAGCGGACAAAAAAUCAACUCUGCUAAAGACACAGGAACGGACCUCGCAAAGCAAGAUGAGCCUCUGCAAAGUGGGACUGCCUGUUUCUCUGGAUAACAAUGAUGUCGGAAGGUUGCUUCCUUUCUUUAUGGCUGUCUGCAUCUACACAGUCGUCAAUUCGAUUCCCUCGGCACCACUUUGGGUGAAAGGAUUGAGCAAGAUCCUGCCACUCAUCUGCCUGUGUGUCUUUAUUCUGAAUCAUGGGAAAGACUUCAUCAGUAAACGCCGCAGGGUUCAGAGAUUGCUCCUCGCUCUCCUCUUCUCAGCAGCAGGAGAUGUGCUUCUGCUCAUGAACAAUACAAAGACCUUCAUUGUCGGUGCGGCCAUGUUUGCCCUGGCUCACUGUCUCUUCACCUCGGCCUUUGGCUUCGAUCCGCUGAACAUGAAGGCAGGAGGCGUGAUUGGCGUGGCAGUGAUGCUGGGCUUGUCUUUCCUCAGCACCUGCUCCACCAUCUACCAGGUGCUCCUGCUGUGCUGCUACUGUUCCCUGAUCGGCCUCAUGUCCUGGCGGGCCAAUGCUCCCGUGCUCUUCUGCAGCCACAGGCCUCCACCACGGGUGACCGGGGCAAUGGGGGCCUGGCUCUUUAUGGUGUCAGACUUUGUCCUGGCCACCAACCUGCUGUGUUUCACCGUGCCCUUUCAGAAUCUCAUCGUGAUGGGCACUUACUACAUGGCACAACUGUUCAUUACCCUGGGCAUAGUGAAGGAGAAUGAAAAGAUUGACUAGAUCGCCCCUGUUUAGUUACUGUGAUGGAGAUUGUUCCACUGAGGAGGUUUUGGCAUUAUUCAGCAAAUACCAUUAGAUCUUAAGUGAUUGGUGCAGAAUUAGGCCAUUCGGCCCAUCAAGUCUACUCCACCAUUCAGUCAUGGCUGAUCUAUCUCUCCCUCCUAACCCAAUUCUCCUGCCUCGUCCCACAUAACCCCUGACACCCGCACUAAUCAAGAAUCUAUCAAUCUCUGCCUUAAAAAUAUCCACUGACUUGGCCUCCACAGCCUUCUGUGGCAAAGAAAUCCACAGAUUCACCACCAUUGAGUUACAGAUAUUCAGUAAACCCUCGUUAUAAUGGACCAAGGGGUCGGGGUUGGGGAGGGGGGAAUGGUGUCCGUAAUUGAUGAUUGUCUGCUAUAACCAAGUACGGGGUUAUCAUCGUAUGUAGUUGAAACAAAGAACAGCAGAUGAUGGUCAAUACACAAAGUGCUGGAGUAACUCAGUGGAGUAAAUCUCUGGGACCUUUCUUCAGACUGAUUCAGUUGGCUGAGUUACUACACAGUUUGUGUCGUUUCACAUUAGGUGCCAAUGCCCGCUGGCCUGCAGCAGCGAGCCCUUCUUCAUCAGCUGCCUUACAGUCCGGUUGAUGUGGCUGUUGUUGCAGUUCAUGUUGUAGCAACUGGGACAGAGGUUUCAUCAGGCCGGUACUGACAGGGCGAGCUCGGUCAACAUGGGGCUCCCUCCCCUCUCACCUGCUGCUGCUGCUGCAUCUUGCCGUCAUGCCGUUGCUUUCUCCGCCACCUCCUCCUCCCAUCCACUCUGCCGCUCUCUCCUCCAUCGCUGCCGCCUCCCUUCUUCCUUCUCCCCCACAUCUACCAAGGUGGAGAAUGUCGGUGUC